UCCAAGUCCAGUUCAAAAUUGUCAUCGCUAUAUAUAGUUAUUUCAUAUGAGCCUAAAAGUAGAAAGACAUACUUAUCACUUAAAAAAAAUGAUAUCAAUUAUCUCAAAGAAGAUUAUCAAACCUUCUUCUCCCACCCCAUCUACUCAAAGAUGGCACAAUCUUUCCCUUAUUGAUCAAGUUGUUGAUAAUUUAUAUAUGCCCUUUGUUUUUUUCUAUUCAAACCAUCAAGUGGCUACAAUCCCAAAACACCAAUUUUCUGAAUUUCUAACAAACUCUUUGUCAAAAACUCUAACAUCUUACUAUCCAUGGGCAGGAAGUCUAAAAGACAAUGCUACUAUUGAGUGUGAUGAUCACGGUGCUGAGUUCUUCGAAGUUGAAAUCAACUCAUCCAUGAACGAAGUUAUUCAUAACCCUGAUUUGACAUUCCCUAAAGGUUUAUCUUGGGGGUAUUUGUCGUCAUCGACAUCUGGUGCCUUAAUUGUUGUACAAUUAAGCCAUUUCGAGUGUGGAGGAAUCGCUCUUAGUCUUUGCAUGUCCCACAAGGUGGGAGACGCGUGCAGCGCUUACUUCUUCUUGAGGGAUUGGGCUAGCUUAACUCGAGAUCCAAAAUUAGCAUUAUCUCCUCCAUACUUUGUUCAGGACUCACUAAUGCCAUCAAUACCAUUUGAUGUUCCUCUGUUUUCCCCUGUUAUUGAGCCAAAAAAAGAAAGAUGCAUUCAAAAGAGGUUCGUUUUCUCUGAAUCCAAGAUAAACGCGCUUAAAGCCUUGGUUGUUGCAGAAUCCUGCGUGCAAAACCCAACGAGGAACGAGGUCGUGAGUGCCCUCCUCUACAAAUGCGCAACUUCUUCUUCUACUACCAAAUCAGGACGAUCUCAGUUAGUCCAAACAUCAAACUUGCGAAGUCAAACACCACUACCACCAACCAGCAUAGGAAAUAUUGCCACUAUAUUUUCCACACCAAUAUACGAGAACUACGAACAUGACCUCAAACUUCCAAAAUUAGUAACUGAUAUAAGAAAGUCCAAACACGACCUAUCCACCAGAAACAAUCUACAAGAAAAUGAAUAUGUUAAAGUGAUGUUGGAGGCAUAUAAAACAGGUAAAUUACCAUUCCAUCAAAGGAAUUGUGAUAUUUAUACUAUUACUAGUAUAUUAGCAUUCGAAUUCGAAAAAAUAGAUUUUGGAUUUGGGAAACCUGCAAGAGCAAGCCAAGAAAGUGGUUCAUUUAGCAACUUGUUUAUCUUAAUGAAUACACCUGAUGAUCAUGAUAGAGGAGUUGAAGCCUUUGUAAAUUUGAAUGAACAACACAUGUCUAUUUUCAAGAAUGACAAGGACCUCCUCCAAUUUGCUACUCCUUUUUAAGGGCGUCAAAUGAACAGAUCAAAAUGAACUGAGUUAAUAACGCGUAGUUUAUUUUGAAAGUUAGGUCAAAGUGUUCUAUUUCUAGAGUUUGUAGCACCUUUUUGAGGUGCAACUUUUUCAUUUUCUUUUUAUUUAUUUAUGCAUU